AUGUAAAUAAUCUUAAAAUAUUUGUUUUAUAAAUUAAAUUAAAUAUUAAAUCUAUUGCAAUUUAUUUCGUAAUUAAUGCUAAUUGUUGACUAUGGAUAGAGAUUUUUAUAAGACUUAUGCGAUAUCGGAUUCAGAUAAUGAUUCAGUCAUAAUUUUAAAUCCUGGAACUGAUCAAACAAAUAUUAGUCUGUACAAAGACUGUCCUACAUCACCAGAAGAACCAGAAUUUUUUCGACAAGUUAUUCGACGUCAAAAACGAAAAAAAUCUUUAUCUCCAAUUUUAACUUUACAUUGCGGAAAAGAUGCAAGUUAUUCAGAGAAAAAUUUGCCCACUAAUGAAAAUCAAGACUAUAGUUACCGUACUAAAAUACCCAAAUCAAAUAUUAAUGAACCUAAAAAUCAAAAAAAUGAUGAAUUGUAUAAUAGAAACAUUCCAAAAUCAGAUAUUUAUACUACUAUGAGCCAUGAAAACACAAUUGAAAUUUUACAGCCAAAACAGAAAAAAAGGUUAAGCAAAGAAGAAAAAGAAGAAAAAAAAAAAAUAGAAAUGGCCAGAAAAAAUAUAAAGAAAAAAUUAGCUGACGAACUAAAACGUUUAAGUCCUAAAGAAUGUAUGAAAUAUAUAACUGUUCACAUUGAUGUGAAUCUUCAGAAUCAGGGUUAUAGUGAACAAAUAAUAUCUGAAAUUCAGUCAACUGAUGUAAAGUAUAAAAUUGAGUCAAAUACAUCUGUGUCACAUUCAGUGACAUGGUCAAGACAAAUAUCUGAUACUAAUUCUGAAGAUGAAAGCUUUAUGUUGUUGAUCUGGGACUUUGAAUUCGUAAAAAAAUUAAUUUUAUCUGAUCAACUAAUUGAAAAAAUUAAUUUUAUAAAAAUAUACAAAUCACAACUUUCAAUUAUAAUACAUUGUACUACAGAUGAACUUAAAAAAACCAGGUCUAAGAAGAAUAGUCAACUCUCAAGGUCAGAUAUGUUGAAAAGUCUUGAACAAAUGCUGUUGAGUUGUUCUAUUUCAUUUCGUUUUAUAGAAAAUAAAAAUGAAAUUUCAUUGGCAAUUUUGUAUUAUACUAAAUCCAUUGCUCAAAAGCCAUUUAAAUUGAAUAAAUAUAAAGAGGAACAAGAUGGUUGUAAUUGGUAUGCAUCUGGUCAUACGAAAAAUUGUAUUUCAGUAGAUAAAAAUGGUACAGGUUUAUCUCAACUAUGGAGACAAAUGUUAUCACAGUUUCCAUUAUGUACUCUUGAGAUUAGUGAAGCAAUCUCAUCAGUUUAUACUUCACCAAUUACAUUACUAAAAUGUUUAAAUUUUAAUUUAGGCAUAUGAAAACUGCAGAUCUAGAUUAGAAGGAGAAACAUUAUUACAAGAUAUUCCUGUAAGUUAGUUGAAAAUAUUAAAAUAGCAUAAGAUAUAUUUGUAUUAAAAUUAAUUAUUAGAAAAAAAUUAUUACAAAUUUUAGGUUCGUCGUGGAUUUGGUCCACUAGCUUCCAAUCGUCGUAUUGGACCAGAACUGAGCAAAAAAAUAUACAUAUUUUUUACAGAUAAUACUGGA